UUUCUCGUGUUUCAUUUCAAGCGUUCGGACACCAGCUUUUAUUCUCUUUAUUUUAAUAUUUUCUUGUAGUUUCGUCUGUAAAUAUUCGUUUAAAUGAGCGAUAAAAAUAUUAAUACUGACAAAAAGCAUCCUGCUGAUAAAUUAAAGGAAACUUUCGAAAAGCUGAACAACGAAGUAAAGUUACUUGGAAUGAUUCUCGGAGUAAAAAGUGAAAAUAACCAGCAAGUGGUUCCGCCAACAACUGCAGAAGAGCCAGCUCAAGGUGAAGACAAAAAUCAGUAUCACAAAGACGUGACUGCUGAAGAUAAAAAAGCGAGAAAAGCAGCCAAGGCAGCUGAGAAAAAAGCGAGAGCUGAAAAAUCUGUAGCCAAUAAAGCCGCCGCCGCCGCUGGGAGCACUCAAAAUCAAGGGCAAAAGAAGGAAAAACCGCCAAAAGAGCAUUCAGCAGUUCCAUCUGAAUCCACUACUAAACUUAUCGAAGAAAAUGCACAGCUCACGAAAACCACAGAACAGCUUGCAGCGAAAAUGGAAACCUUGGUGAUUGAAGAUGUGAAGAUUAAUGGAAGUCUAAAGCCGGCGAUAAAGAAAUCUACUGGUGUUGAGAAAAAUGUUCGACAUGUUCAUAACGUUAUAAUGCCUUCUGUGGUCACAUUUGAUCUUCCAAAAAAUCAAACGAAAACGUUGCCGUCUGCAUCUGAUUCUGACGAAGCAGUAGCAUCAGAAAUUGAAUCAACAGCAAUCGCCCAAUUGGAUGAUGCGACGUCUUUUGUACACAUUCAUCCUGCAUUCUUAACGCUUAUGGCUAAAGCAGAAUUGGAAAAAAUUCCAGAUGUUGAAACAGUUUGUAUUCAAUUUAUUGCUGCUUUCAAAGAGUUUCUGCGAGAUUGGACAGUAGAACGAGAAAAGAAUAAUAUCAAUGCUUCCACAUUCGGUCACGACCUCGAUUUGGCUAUUCGUCCACAACUUGCUCAUAUGACUCAAAAUGGUCACUGGCCAUUGCCAUUUGCACUUGGGAAUACAGUUCGAUUGUUGAAAAGAACAAUCAAACGACUUGAGGAAAGCACUAAUAUGAAGUGUGAAGAAGAAUUACAAGUUUAUCUGGAAGAUACUUUGGCUAUAAAUUUCUGUCACGCGUACAAAGCCAUCAGUCAACUGCUUGUUCGCAAAAUUCAACAAUUCAAAAAAGUUGUCGUGUUCGAUUGGUGUCCUGUUGUGAAUCAUGUUCUUCUGGAAGCCAAACAACAAAUUCCUGAUAUGCAAUUGUCUGUUAUUGAUGCAAAUUCCAAUGGACGAGGUACGCGGCAUGUGAAGAGUUUCGUAGAUCAAGGAUAUAAUGUCAAAUACGUCACAAUGAAAGGAGCUUCAUGGGCGUCCCUGGCAAGUGGAGUUCUCAUUCUCGGAUGUUCUGCUAUUUUUGCAAAUGGUGCUGUUGCUGCACGAAAAGGAGCAUUGGCUGUAGUUUUGUGUGCUAAUCACUACAAUAUUCCAGUAAUUGUAGUUGCUGAACAUUUCAAAUUCAUCGAUAAGGGGCAAGUCUAUCAGCGAGUCGCUCUUCUUGGCCGUCAGAAUAUUGAGUGCAUCCAAUCGGAUCUUGUAACUGCUGUCGUAACAGAUCUUCGAAUCCUUGGACCAACAUCAGCUCCAGCAGUUCUCAAGGCAAAGGCGUUGACUGAUAUGGCUUAAUCAAUCUAAAAACUAGAAUUAAUUUGAAACCACGGGUUAAUCUGUUGUCGUCUUACGUUAGUUGAUUCAAUUUUUCGGUUCUUAUGUAGUAGCCGUACCGUGAGAGAUUUCUGACCAAGUUUUGAAAAAUUUCCCGUUGUCUUGUUUUUAAUAAUUUAACUGUUUUUUUGGUAGUUUUCUAAGAUUCAUGAUUUUGGAAAGAAAUUAAUUGAAAAUUUGGGAAAAAUAUUUUUAGGAUACGGCUAAUAUAUAAGUCCAUUUUUUCAAAACGGUAUCCAGAUUUAAGUAUUUUUGCUUCCAUGUGCCCUCUAACUGUUUCUUUUUGUUCUGUUUUAAAUCACCAAUAUCAUGUUUUCAUAAAUUUUUAUUGUUCCUUUUUAAAAUUUAGAAAAAUAAUAACAAUCACCCGUCGUGUUCUGUUGUUGAGCUAAAUUAGAUGUCUAAACUAUUUACAAAUACAGAAAAACCAGAGUUCCAA